CAAAAGUUAUCUGCCUUUCAGAGUGAUUCAGAAGGCUUGAUAAGGAAUCCCCACUGCAGUAAGCGGGAUUCAAGUCUUCACAAUGUGGGAGAUCAGCAAGUACCAAUACCAGGAUCGUAUCCGGCCUAUAACCGGCCUUAUUUCAAGGUAUCAUUCCUCAUAAUGGCUGCCCUCUUGUAGAUGUUUUGAGGAACUGGACAUAUGUACAUGUCUAACAGAUGCUGUGGAUUUAAAAGCUUCUCAUUGGCUGCUGCUUGGCUGUCUGAAGGCAGCAUCUGUGCACUGUGCCAGCUGUCCUUGCACACACCGCAAGCAAGCACCCAGAAGAGUGGGACCAAGGAAAAAGCGAAGAAAUAACCGGAGUUUGACUGCCAACAUGGGGUCCAUGCGAAUUCUCAUCAAGGGGGGCAAAGUGGUCAACGAUGACUUCACUCACGAAGCGGAUGUUUACAUUGAGAACGGCAUCAUUCAGCAGGUUGGGAAGGAGUUGAUGAUUCCGGGUGGGGCUAAGGUGAUUGACGCGUCCGGAAAGCUGGUGCUGCCCGGGGGAAUCGACACCUCCGUGCAUGUGCAGCAGACUUUUAUGAACGCCGCCAUCCAGGAUGAUUUCUACAGUGGCACCAAGGCGGCUCUGAUGGGUGGUACCACAAUGGUGAUGGCGCUGGUCCUGCCUGAGCAACACUGCUCUCUAGUGGACGCCUACGAGAACUGCCGAUCUCUCGCUGACGCAAAGGCGUGCUGCGACUACGCUCUGCAUGUCGGCGUGACCUGGUGGGGGCCAAAGGUGUGUAAUGAGAUGGAGACUCUGGUCAGGGAGCAUGGGGUGAACUCCUUCCAGAUGUUCAUGGCCUACAAGGAUAUGAUGAUGCUGAGGGACUCUGAGCUGUACCAGGCAUUGCAGACCUGUAAGGAUAUCGGAGCAAUCGCUCGCGUCCACGCCGAGAACGGAGAGCUGGUGGCAGAGGGUGCUAAAGAAGCUCUGGAUUUGGGUAUCAGUGGACCCGAAGGCAUUGAGGUCAGCCGUCCAGAGGAGUUGGAGUCAGAGGCUACACACAGAGCUGUCACAAUCGCCAAUAGGGCUCACUGCCCUAUCUACCUGGUGAAUGUUUCCAGUAUGGCUGCUGGAGAUAUGAUUGCUGCUGCCAAGAUGCAGGGUAAGGUGGUCCACGCAGAGACCACAGUCGCUCAUGCAGUCUUGAACGGCAUGCAGUAUUACCACCAGGACUGGACUCACGCCGCCGCCCACGUCAUCGUUCCUCCUCUCCGCCUCGACCCCAACACCCCCGGCUACCUCAUGGGACUGUUGGGCAAUGACACUCUGAGCGUCGUGGCAUCAGAGCACCGUCCUUUUAGCACCAAGCAGAGGGCUUUGGGCAAGGAGGACUUCACCAAGAUUCCUCAUGGAGUGCCUGGAGUCCAGGACAGGAUGAGCGUCAUCUGGGAGCGGGGAGUGGUUACAGGAAAGAUGGACGAGAAUCGUUUUGUGGCUGUGACAAGCGCCAACGCUGCCAAGAUUUACAACUUGUAUCCACGCAAGGGUCGCAUCAUCCCCGGAGCAGAUGCUGAUGUGGUGGUGUGGGAUCCAGACGCAACUAGGACAAUCUCAGUUGGCACUCAAGUGCAAGGGGGGGACUUCAACUUGUACGAGGGCAUGCGCUGCCAUGGUGUUCCCCUGGUCACCAUCAGCCGAGGACGUUUGGUGUGUGAAAAUGCCACGUUCAUGUGCGCUGAGGGCUCCGGAAAAUUCUACCCGCAGCGGACCUUCCCUGACUUCCUGUACAAGAAGAUGGUGCAGAGAGAAAAAGUCCAGGCAUAUAAAGGGGUUGACCGGGAUCCCUACUCUGGCGAUGUGGUCAAAGUUGCCAACGCUAUGAAGAAGGAUCUUGGGUUGAGCCCCAUUGAUGGAGACGCCGCUAAUAAAAGCGUGGUGAGGGUGCAACAGGGGGUUCGAGACCUCCAUGAGAGCUCUUUUAGCCUCUCGGGGUCCCAGGUGGAUGACCACAUCCCCAAGAGGUCCUCCGCUCGGAUCCUAGCCCCUCCAGGUGGUCGCUCCAGUGGAAUCUGGUAAACUCUGACCAGAGCAAAUCAACCGUCCAAGCCUCCUUGUUUUUGUAUAUUUCUGAACUACUAAGAAAACUGCACUGAUUUUACGAAAUGCUUUCGUGUUAAAAGGGAAUUCUUCUCAUUGAUUGGCCAGGAGUCACCCAUGUGAUCAGUUUGCUGAAGCAAUUUUUACAAGUUAGUUGGAGUCCUCAUUCUGAAAUUAUCAAAUACACCGCAGUAAUGAGGUACGUGUGAAUGUUUUCCAAAUUUAAGCAGAUCACAACUAACCGAUUAGUCAUUAAGGUGCUUGUCAAAAGACGGAAACUUAAUUUUUUUUUUAAAUGGCUUGAAAUGACGUUGAUUUGAAAUAUCUAAAACUAGUAAAACUGGAUUCAAUAAAAAAAAUCCCCACACAGCGUACACUGUAGCCAUGGAAGGUGGGUGAAGAAUUCUGUUAAUUAUAAAACCACCUACUGUACUUAAUUCCUCAACUGUUCCUGUUUUUGUUUCCAACGGAUGGACUGUGUUGUGUGGUGAUGACAUCCAACUGUUCAAACAUACUGUGUGAUUUUUGCCGCAACACCGUCUCUUAGUGGGAAACACACAACUAACAAAUAUCCCAGUGUCGUUCUGAAAUGAUUUACCGUAAUUGUGCAUAUCUGGAAUGAUGCAAGAAAUGGUCACUUAAGAAGAGCCUCCACAGGGCAGGAAGAUUGAGCUACACAUGCUACUAAAGCACAGAUCCUCUCACUUCAUGAAGUGUCAGUCAUUUCCAGCAGUGUUGUUUAUUCAUGACGUUUCCCCCCCCCCUCUGUAUACUCUACAUUUAGGAUGUUUUCAUUUAGUUAAAAGAAUAAACGUGCCAAUGUGUCACCCCUAUUCCUGCACACACCAUGCAUGAAAAGAACCACAUAGACAGAUAUGGAGGGCCACAGGUUCACAUCUGGUGCUUUUUUAAAAAUGAUUCUUUUUACAAUGGUAUAAAGAAAGAGUGUUAAUUUAAUUGUGGAAGAUUGUUGUUUUGAAGGCACUGUAAAUGGUCAGUGACGUUGUGCGUUGUCACGUUUGUGAAUUGAUUGUUUUAUUGGAAAGUUAACCCGUUCAAUAUGUACCGUGGCUGCUUGUUUCUUACCACAAAGUAUUGGUAAAACAAUAAAAUAGAAAAAACGUAUCCC